GUGGAACAGAGAGCAUACUUGCAAACUUAAAAAUUACAAGCUCAUUUUGGUUGAAGAUUCAAAGGGGAAAAUGAACCUGAAGAACCAGAGGUGGAAAUCCAGGAGGAAGAGGAGACUGUCAUGGAAUCAAAAUCCAUGCAACUCUCACUCAUGAGCAAGGAAGGUAUACCUUCAAUGAGGACUUUUAAAGUAAGAGGUUAUCUGAACUGGGGUCAGAAGAACCAGCCUGUGGAAGUACUCAUUGACAGUGGGGCAUCACAUAACUUCAUAUCUCACAGAUUAGUGGAUCAAUUAUCCAUACCUUAUAACAUUAUUUCUGCUUAUAAGGUCCAAAUUGGCAAUGGAGAACUGAUAUAUAACAAUGGGAGGUGUGAAAAACUGAACCUGCAAUUACAAGACACAGAAAUUCAGCAAGAUUUCUACAUAUUAGACCUGGGAGGUACUGAUCUAGUAUUGGGCAUGGAGUGGCUGACUGGUUUGGGUGAUGUGGAGAUCAAUUUUCUUAAGCAGAGUAUCAAAUGGGAGGAGAAGAAGAAGCAGCAAAGGAUUCAAGGAAACCCUCAUUUAAACUCCCUUGAAAUCUCUUUGAAAACUCUAACAAAAAUCUUACAAGAUGCUGGGGAUGGUUAUUUGAUGUACUGUGUGGGACAGGCAGAGACAAUCAAAGAAAAUCAGAAGAAUGAAGCAAUAUGGGAAUAGGGUUGGACUCGGGCCGGGUGGCCCGACCCGGAACCGGCCCGGGACCGGCACUGUUCCGGCCCGGCCCGAACCGGUGGCCUGGUCAGUGACCGGUCCGGGUAGGCCCGACCCGGUGGGUUUCCGGUCCGGGCUCGAGUCACCCAUAACAAGGCUCGGCCCGGCCGGGCCCGGUUCGGGCCAUUUUUUUUUUGGUUUUUUUCAUUUGUUUGGGCUCCACCGGGUUGGGCUUGAUGUUUAGGAGGGGUUUGGGGGGUGGGGGGGUGAGGGGGGGGGGGUCAGGGAUGGGUAGCUAAGCAAAAAAAAAAAAAUUAACCAAACCCGAGGCCCGGCCCGAGUCCAACACUAUAUGGGAAGAAAUUUUGGCUGAGUUUCCUGAAGUCUGUCAGCCUUUGAAGCAGCUACCUCCCAGUAGAAGUUGUGACCAUACCAUCAACAUUCAAGAAUGAGCUUGCAUUCCAAAUAUAAGGCCUUAUAGAUACCCUCAAUAUCAGAAGAAUGAGAUUGAAAGAAUUAUCAAGGAGAUGUUGGCAGAAGGGAUAAUUCAGAACAGUAACAGUCCAUACAGCAGCCCUAUUCUUCUAGCUAAGAAGAAAGAUGGGGGAUGGCGGUUUUGUGGAGAUUAUAGAGCCUUAAACAAAAUCACUAUCCCAGACAAGUUUCCUAUACCAAUAAUAGAAGAAUUAUUGGAUGAGUUGGGUGAAGCCAGAGUUUUUUCUAAGCUGGAUCUUAAAUCUGGAUACCAUCAGAUCAAAAUGAAGGAAGAGGAUAGACACAAGACAGCUUUCAGGACCCAUGAAGGGCAUUACGAAUAUCUGGUGAUGCCAUUUGGGCUCACAAAUGCACCAUCUACCUUUGAGGCUUUAAUGAACCAGGUACUGAGGCCAUUUCUAAGAAAGUCCGCACUUGUAUUUUUUGAUGACAUUCUGAUCUACAGCAAUUCCUUGGAAGAGCACCAAGUACACUUGAGGAGGGUACUCACAGCUUUAAAGGAAAAUCAGUUGGUGAUAAACUUAAAAAAAUGUUCAUUUGGACAAUCUGAAUUGGUUUAUUUGGGUCAUAUAAUAUCAGAAAAAGGGGUAUCAGCUGAUCCUACCAAGAUUGAAGCUAUGAUGAAGUGGCCUGUACCUAAAGAUUUGAAAGGAGUGAGAGGAUUUCUGGGGUUGACCCGGGUAUUACAGGAAAUUUGUAAGAGGUUAUAGUAGGAUUGCUUUUCCUCUUACACAGUUGUUGAAGAAUGAUGUAUUUUCAUGGAAUCUGGAAGCAGAUCAAGCUUUUAAUGAAUUGAAGAAGAUCAUGACUACGUGUUGGCUACUCCAGAUUUCAAUAAAACAUUUGUGGUAGAGACUGAUGCAUCAGGAACAGGUCUGGGGACAAUUUUGAUGCAAGAAGGGAGGCCAGUUGCUUAUAUGAGUAAGCAAUUAUCAUCCAGAAAUCAGCAGAGGUCUGUAUAUGAAAGGGAGCUUCUGGCUAUUGUUCUAGCAAUACAGAAGUGGAGACCUUAUUUACUGGGCAGGCAUUUUGAAGUUCAUACUGAUCAGAAAAGUUUGAAAUUCCUUACUGAACAAAAGCUUAUGGGAGAAGAACAACAGAAAUGGACCUCCAAGUUAUUGGGCUUUAAUUUUUCCAUUAAAUAUAAGCCUGGUGUAGAAAACAAGGCUGCAUAUGCUUUAUCCAGAAGACCAGUUUUACAUUCAUUGUCAAUUGUUAAUUGCCAAGAAUGGGAGGGACUAGAAGAAGAAUUAAGCAAAGAUCCAAAAAGUAAGGAACUCAUUAAGAAAAUUAUUUCUUAUCCAGACAGACACAAAGAAUUUCAGAUCAUUAAGGGCUUAUUAUAUUACAAAAGAAGGUUGGUGUUACCAAAAGGAUCAACAAGGGUUUUUAAAAUACUGAAAGAAUACCAUGAUUCAGCUGUGGGAGGACACUCGGGAUAUUUCAGGACAAUGAAGAGGGUUGAAAGUUUGUUUUAUUGGCCAGGCAUGAGGAAUGAUAUCAAAAAAUAUGUGGCAGUGUGCCAUCUGCCAAACCAACAAGUAUCAAACUCUUAAACCUAGUGGUUUAUUACAACCACUGCCCAUUCCAAACAAUAUCUGGACAGAUAUUAGUAUGGAUUUCAUUGGAGGGUUGCCAAAAUCUCAAGGGAAGGACACUAUAUUGGUAGUUGUUGACAAGUUUACUAAGCUUGCUCACUUUAUAGCCCUAUCUCAUCCAUUCAAUGCGAAGGAGGUGGCUGAAGUAUUCACCAAAGAAGUAGUCAAACUGCAUGGUUUCUGUUGAAGAUCAUUUAAUUGUGAAUCAAGUUUGUCAUCUAUCUUGUAAUAGAUUAGCUUUAUUAUUAUUCCUUGUAUUAAAUAUGUGCAUUUAUUAGAUUGAAUAUGGGCCAAGUGUUAGGCCCAUACAACAGGCUAAAAGCCUUACAUGCCUACCUGAACCUCGCCUAUAAAAAGGGAGCCGAGGAUUCAGGAUUAGGUUAACUUUCGUACUUAUUCAUAAUAGCCUUAGCGCAAAUCAUUCUGUGUACGAGUUCACAGUAUAUCAAAGAGGGUUUACAUCAUUUCAUCUGUGUUCAUCUUUACUGUUAAUCUUCUUUGUUAUACUGCUAUUCAUUGCUGUUACAGAAACAGGGACUAUCAAUUUCCCCAUAACCAUUGUCAGUGACAGAGACAAUAUAUUCUUGAGCUCUUUUUGGUCAGAAUUAUUUAACCUGGCAGGAACUCAACUUAAAUAUAGUACAACUUACCAUCCUCAGACUGAUGGUCAGACUGAGGUGGUUAACAGGUGCUUAGAGACCUACCUUAGGUGCUUAACUGGAAGGAAACCUAAGCAAUGGAAUCAGUGGUUACAUUGGGCAUAAUUCUGGUAUAAUACUAAUUAUCAUAUUUCUUUGAAGCAGACUCCUUAUAAAGCAUUGUUUGGUUUAGAUCCACCUGCUGUGAUAAGAGGAGAUGUGACUCUCACUGCAGUGGAGGAAGUCUCUAGAGUAACUGCGCAAAGAAAUGCUAUGAUAGAUGAGUUGAAGGAAAACCUUGCGAAAUCUCAAAACCUUAUGAAGCAGCAGACUGAUAAACAUAGAAGAAAGGUACAACUGGAAGUGGGGGAUCAAGUAUACUUGAAGAUACAACCUUACAAACUCAAGAGUUUGGCUAAGAGAAUCAACCAGAAGCUGAGUCCUAGGUUUUAUGGGCCAUUUCAAAUCCUAGAAAAGGUUGGAUCAGUAGCCUUCAAGCUUCAGUUACCUGAGGACAGCAAGAUACACCCAGUUUUCCAUGCCUCACUAUUGAAGAAAGUAAUUGCUCCUACCACAUCAUUUCAACCUCUUCCUAAAUGCCUAAAUGAGGACAUGGAAUUGCAAGUGAUGCCAGAAGAAGUGUUGAACACCAGGAUGAAUGCAGAAGGAAAAGUUGAGGUCUUGAUAAGAUGGAAGAACCUCCCAAGUAUUGAAGAUUCAUGGGAACUCCUACAGAAGCUGAAAGAACAUUUCCCAAAUUUUCACCUUGAGGACAAGGUGAAUCUUAAGGGGGGAGUAGUGAUAGAGACAUUGGAGAUACGCCUAUUAAAUAUUGUAAUAAGGUGUAUAAAAGAAGGAAUAAAAAGGGGUUGUGAGUUAGUUAAUUAGCCCAUUAACUAAUUAGUAUUCUAUCCCUGUGGGAAUAUUGAUAUAAAUAGAAGGUGAGCAGCUAAAUAAGACAGGUUGUUAUUUCUAUUGGCUUCGGCUUUGGAGAUUUGGGCUUCUCGAACAGUCCUGAGAUUACGCAUCUACCAUGCUUCCUUGUAUUUGGGCGAGCGGCCUAAGAAGGAAAAUUGUAUUGAAAAAUGUAUUAACAUGUUAUACAGUAGUGUGCUGAAUUGGCAUGUUCAUAAAGGGAUAUCUGGUGGUUGGAUGGCUUUGCAGUUUUAUUUGGCUUUCCAUUUUGUUGAAAUGACUCCUAUGUUUGGCAUCUUUAUUAAGAACACUAAAACUGUGUAUUUAUGCACAAGAGCAAAAAAUGAAAAAAAGUCUUGACAAAUUCUAAACCAUUCUUGUAUUGGCAUAGAGUUUUUGAAUUCCCUCCACGUGAUUUGUACUACUUCGGU